CCGCGAUAGUGCUCACGGCGAGCGCACGCAGCAUGGCCUUGCACCUGGGCGGGCUGAGCGCAGGCCUCUGGGGCCGCGCGGCGCGGGCUGGCUGCGGAGAGCUGCGCGCCUGGUCCGGGCGCUGCGCAGCUGCACGCCGCUGCCGGGCGCCUGGCACGGCCCGCCCCGAGCACAGCCGCGGGCUGGGGCACGGAGCCGCGGCUCGAGGCGGCCCCCGGCUGGGCAGCGGGCUGGCCGCGGCGCUGGCGGGCUUGGCGGGGCUGGCAGCCGCCGCCUUGGGGCACGUGCGGCGGGCAGAGAUGGUGCCCAAGAGCUCGGCGCGGAGUCCCCCAGCGGCCCGGGAGGAGGAGGAGGAGGACGAGCUGAGCCGCCGCUGCAGCUGCUUCAUGACCCCGCCGGUGACGGACCUGCGCGAGCUGCGGCGGAGGCCGGGCGACAUCAAGACCAGGAUGGAGCUGCUGAUCCUGGAGACCCAGGCCCAGGUGUGCCAGGCGCUGUCCCAGGUGGACGGGGACGCGCGCUUCUCUGUGGACCGCUGGGAGAGGAAGGAAGGAGGUGGUGGUGUCAGCUGUGUGCUCCAGGAUGGACGCGUUUUUGAAAAGGCUGGGGUGAACGUCUCUGUUGUUCAUGGGAAUCUUUCGGAAGAAGCAGCUAAACAGAUGAGAAGCAGAGGAAAAGCUCUGAAGGCUAAAGAUGGUAAAUUGCCAUUUUCUGCAAUGGGUGUGAGCUCUGUGAUCCAUCCCAAGAAUCCUCAUGCUCCCACUAUGCAUUUCAACUACAGAUAUUUUGAAGUAGAAGAUGUUGAUGGUAACAAGCAUUGGUGGUUUGGUGGUGGAUGUGACCUCACACCAACCUACUUGAAUCAAGAAGAUGCUGUCCAUUUUCACCGAACUCUAAAGGAGGCUUGUGACCCACAUGGUCCAGAUCUCUACCCCAAAUUUAAAAAAUGGUGUGAUGACUACUUUUUUAUUACCCAUCGUGGUGAGCGGAGGGGCAUCGGUGGCAUCUUUUUCGAUGACCUAGACUCUCCAUCCAAGGAGGAGGUGUUCCGCUUUGUGCAGAGCUGCGCCCAGGCUGUGGUUCCUUCUUAUAUUCCCCUUGUAAAAAAGCACUGUGAAGACUCAUUCACGCCUCAGGAGAAGCUGUGGCAGCAGCUCAGACGAGGACGAUACGUAGAAUUUAAUCUGGUGUAUGAUCGAGGAACAAAGUUUGGCCUCUUCACUCCAGGUUCCAGGAUUGAAAGCAUCCUGAUGUCUUUACCUCUGACUGCCAGAUGGGAAUACAUGCACUCACCCUCCGAGAAUUCCAAAGAAGCUGAAAUUCUGGAAGUUCUACGCCAUCCGAGGGACUGGGUGCAUUGACAAGUGCAGGCCAAGUGGCUGGCUGUGUGGGGUGCGUAGGACGCAGGCGUGUGCCCUCCUCCUUGGGCAGGCCCUGCUGCUGCUGUGUGGCUGCUAGUUCUCUGUGCCUUAGUGCUCUGGCCUUGUCCUCUGGUCUCCUUUGUCCUUUGCUAAGAUGUUUUGGAUGCUUUCAGUGAUGUCUCGUGGGCCGGCAGAUUUUUAAAAUCAGUUAAUGUAGAACUCAUAUUUUAGAAUAAUUUCAUAGAACCAGUUUACAGAAUUUGACAUUGAGUUUACAAGUUAUUAACAUAAGGGAAUAUAAAGGCUGUAAUAUAUACUGAGAAACUCAUCUCACUUUUUUAAAGUUUUGGUUUUGGUUACACAAAUCUGUUAUCCGUUGUGAGAUAUGUUUUAUUUUUAUUAAUGCAGCAAAGUUGAGAUUUCUUGGCGAUUUUAGAAAGCAAUUUGAGGGUAAAAUUUUUACUUUUUCAUUAUUAAUGUGAUAUAAUAAUUUUUAUAAUGAUAGGUAUUUUGGAACCUUUUUUUUUU